ACGCGCGCUCAUCUUAUGUAAAAGUAAAAGUUGCUCAUGUCAUUAGCUCGGCUCUAAGUUUGCAUGAGAAACCAGAGCAGCUCUCGAGCCAAGGGGGAAAACACGAUCUGCUGCGGAGCCCAAUGACCUGAAACCGUAGCAGUGACUCGAGACCUGUCCUCUCCUCCACGCCGACCUACACCCCUCCCGCUUUAUUUAGGAUCCGCUUUUCCGAGAGCAGCCACUCAAGCUGAAGAAGCGGCAGGAGCAGCGUUGGCACCGGCGAACCAUGGCUGGGAUUUUCUAUUUCGCCCUCUUUUCGUGUCUCUUCGGGAUUUGCGACGCUGUCACCGGUUCCAGGGUGUACCCCGCGAAUGAAGUUACCUUACUGGAUUCCAGAUCUGUUCAGGGAGAACUUGGGUGGAUAGCAAGCCCUCUGGAAGGGGGGUGGGAGGAAGUGAGUAUCAUGGAUGAAAAAAAUACGCCAAUCCGAACCUACCAAGUGUGCAAUGUGAUGGAACCCAGCCAGAAUAACUGGCUACGAACUGAUUGGAUCACCCGAGAAGGGGCUCAGAGAGUAUAUAUUGAGAUUAAAUUCACCUUGAGGGACUGCAAUAGUCUUCCGGGCGUCAUGGGGACUUGCAAGGAGACGUUUAACCUGUACUACUAUGAAUCAGACAACGACAAAGAGCGUUUCAUCAGAGAGAACCAGUUUGUCAAAAUUGACACCAUUGCUGCUGAUGAGAGCUUCACCCAAGUGGACAUUGGUGACAGAAUCAUGAAGCUGAACACCGAGAUCCGGGAUGUAGGGCCAUUAAGCAAAAAGGGGUUUUACCUGGCUUUUCAGGAUGUGGGGGCCUGCAUCGCCCUGGUAUCAGUCCGUGUGUUCUAUAAAAAGUGUCCACUCACAGUCCGCAAUCUGGCCCAGUUUCCCGACACCAUCACAGGGGCUGAUACAUCUUCCCUGGUGGAAGUUCGAGGCUCCUGUGUCAACAACUCAGAAGAGAAGGAUGUGCCAAAAAUGUACUGUGGGGCAGAUGGUGAAUGGCUGGUACCCAUUGGCAACUGUCUAUGCAACGCUGGGCAUGAGGAGCGGAGCGGAGAAUGCCAAGCUUGCAAAAUUGGAUAUUACAAGGCUCUCUCCACGGAUGCCACCUGUGCCAAGUGCCCACCCCACAGCUACUCUGUCUGGGAAGGAGCCACCUCGUGCACUUGUGACCGAGGCUUCUUCAGAGCUGACAAUGAUGCUGCCUCUAUGCCCUGCACCCGUCCACCAUCUGCUCCCCUGAACUUGAUUUCAAAUGUCAACGAGACAUCUGUGAACUUGGAAUGGAGUAGCCCUCAGAAUACAGGUGGCCGUCAGGACAUUUCCUACAAUGUGGUAUGCAAGAAAUGUGGAGCUGGUGACCCCAGCAAAUGCCGACCCUGUGGAAGUGGGGUCCACUAUACCCCACAGCAGAAUGGCUUGAAAACCACCAAAGUCUCCAUCACCGACCUCCUGGCUCACACCAAUUACACCUUUGAAAUCUGGGCUGUGAAUGGAGUGUCCAAAUAUAACCCUAGCCCAGACCAAUCAGUUUCUGUCACUGUGACAACCAACCAAGCAGCACCAUCAUCCAUUGCUUUGGUCCAGGCUAAAGAAGUCACAAGAUACAGUGUGGCACUGGCUUGGUUGGAACCAGAUCGGCCCAAUGGGGUAAUCCUGGAAUAUGAAGUCAAGUAUUAUGAGAAGGAUCAGAAUGAGCGAAGCUAUCGUAUAGUUCGGACAGCUGCCAGGAACACAGAUAUCAAAGGCCUGAACCCUCUCACUUCCUAUGUUUUCCAUGUGCGAGCCAGGACAGCAGCUGGCUAUGGAGACUUCAGUGAGCCCUUGGAGGUCACAACCAACACAGUGCCUUCCCGGAUCAUUGGAGAUGGGGCCAACUCCACAGUCCUUCUGGUCUCUGUCUCAGGCAGUGUGGUGCUGGUGGUAAUUCUCAUUGCAGCUUUUGUCAUCAGCCGGAGACGGAGUAAAUACAGUAAAGCCAAACAAGAAGCGGAUGAAGAGAAACAUUUGAAUCAAGGUGUGAGAACGUAUGUGGACCCCUUUACGUACGAAGAUCCCAACCAAGCAGUUCGAGAAUUUGCCAAAGAAAUUGACGCAUCCUGCAUUAAGAUUGAAAAAGUUAUAGGAGUUGGUGAAUUUGGUGAGGUAUGCAGCGGGCGUCUCAAAGUGCCUGGCAAGAGAGAGAUCUGUGUGGCUAUCAAGACUCUGAAAGCUGGUUAUACAGACAAACAGAGGAGAGACUUCCUGAGUGAGGCCAGCAUCAUGGGACAGUUUGACCAUCCGAACAUCAUUCACUUGGAAGGCGUGGUCACUAAAUGUAAACCAGUAAUGAUCAUAACAGAGUACAUGGAGAAUGGCUCCUUGGAUGCAUUCCUCAGGAAAAAUGAUGGCAGAUUUACAGUCAUUCAGCUGGUGGGCAUGCUUCGUGGCAUUGGGUCUGGGAUGAAGUAUUUAUCUGAUAUGAGCUAUGUGCAUCGUGAUCUGGCCGCACGGAACAUCCUGGUGAACAGCAACUUGGUCUGCAAAGUAUCUGAUUUUGGCAUGUCCCGAGUGCUUGAGGAUGAUCCGGAAGCAGCUUACACUACCAGGGGUGGCAAGAUUCCUAUCCGGUGGACUGCGCCAGAAGCAAUUGCCUAUCGUAAAUUCACAUCAGCAAGUGAUGUAUGGAGCUAUGGAAUCGUUAUGUGGGAAGUGAUGUCGUACGGGGAGAGGCCCUACUGGGAUAUGUCCAAUCAAGAUGUGAUUAAAGCCAUUGAGGAAGGCUAUCGGUUACCCCCCCCAAUGGACUGCCCCAUUGCACUCCACCAGCUGAUGCUAGACUGCUGGCAGAAGGAGAGAAGCGACAGGCCUAAAUUUGGGCAGAUUGUCAACAUGCUGGACAAACUCAUCCGCAACCCCAACAGCUUGAAGAGGACGGGGACGGAGAGCUCCAGACCUAACACUGCCUUGUUGGAUCCAAGCUCCCCUGAAUUCUCUGCUGUGGUAUCAGUGGGCGAUUGGCUCCAGGCCAUUAAAAUGGACCGGUAUAAGGAUAACUUCACAGCUGCUGGUUAUACCACACUAGAGGCUGUGGUGCACGUGAACCAGGAGGACCUGGCAAGAAUUGGUAUCACAGCCAUCACGCACCAGAAUAAGAUUUUGAGCAGCGUCCAGGCAAUGCGAACCCAAAUGCAGCAGAUGCACGGCAGAAUGGUUCCUGUCUGAGCCAGUACUGAAUAAACUCAAAACUCUUGAAAUUAGUUUACCUCAUCCAUGCACUUUAAUUGAAGAACUGCACUUUUUUUACUUCGUCUUCGCCCUCUGAAAUUAAAGAAAU